AGGAAAACCCUGAAACAAAAACUUCCCUUGAAUUCUCAACGGCAUGGCAAAGAAGGAGAAGUCGAAAGCCAAUCAACAGGGUACGAACAAGUCAACGAAACAAGCGAAAAUCUCGAGGGUGCUUCUCCGCCAUCACUCAUGUAAAAUUCCGAAGAAGAAAAGUUCCUCGCUUUCUGCUUCACUGCCAAGAUGAACGGAGGUGCAUCUGGUUUCACAAAUGCUCCUGUUACAAGGGCUUUCAUCAUCGCUUCAGCGCUUUUCUCAAUCUUCUUUGGGAUCCAAGGUCGUUUCAACACUUUGGGCUUGUCGUAUCAGAUGCGGAGGAUCAAGCCGCAAAAAUUUCUGCAGAAGAGCAAAUGCAGAUGACGAACAUCCACACUUUGGAAAGCGACAUCAAUAUCAUACAUCUAUCUAAACAAUCGAAAUCUGAAAUUGCGCAAGUGGUUGGAGAUACGGAGAAGAUGAAUAAGUCUAAGGUUGAGAUAUGCUCGACGAUACUGGAAAACCAGAAAAAGCUUGCUUCCUUGGAGUCUGAUUCAUCCAGACUUACGCUGGUGACUUUUCUCCAUAAAGGGUUUGAUGAGACUCGUCGACUUGGCCUUAGAAGUGAGACAGAGCAGACAGUUCGGCAUGCUUCUCCUGCCAGUGAAACUGGAAUGCUUGUUGUGGAAUCUGCAGUGCCAGGUGGUCCAGGCUAUAAACAUUUGGAACCGGGUGAUGUACUUGUUCGUGUCAAUGGCGAGGCGCUUGUUAAGAAAGACCCAAUAAGACGUCAGGUUUUACGUGUUAAAGGUUGUUUGGCUGGAUCAAAGGCUGAGAAUCUUUUGGAGCAAGGAGACAUGAUUUUAGCAAUCAAUAAAGAACCAGUCACAUGCUUCCUUGACAUUGAAAAUGCUUGCCAAGCCUUAGAUAAAUCUAAUACCAAUGAUGGCUUGCUCCAGAUGACUAUUUUUCGGCAGGGACGAGAGGUUGAACUUCUCGUGGGAACAGAUGUUAGGGAUGGAAAUGGCACAACCCGUACAGUUAAUUGGUGUGGUUGUGUAGUUCAAGAUCCACAUUCAGCGGUACGUGCUCUUGGAUUUCUUCCCGAAGAGGGUCACGGUGUAUAUGUGGCAAGCCAUUUAAGGUGCUUCAUGGAGGUGUAUCAGCAUUGAUAGCAGAAUCACUAGCAAGUAUUGGAGCACUUACGUUACGGGAAGGAUAUGCUUGCAUUUUAGCGGAUGCACGCAUGAUUUAUCAACUUCGGAGGCUGAAGAACUACGACUUAUCAGAGAGAAUACUACUUAUUGGAAAAGAAAGCAUAUUGAUCCCACUGAAGAGAGGUCUAAAGGGAAAUGCCCCUUAACUCCAAAAGAAGUUGGAAUUUUCUUUAGUGCUCUUGGAUACCCUACAAAGACUCCAAUAUAUAUUGCUGCAGAGGAGAUAUAUGGGGGUGAGUCUCAUAUGACUGAACUGCGGUCGCGAUAUCCGUUUUUAAUGAGCAAGGCUUUGGACGCUUAUAGAUGGUGAAUUUGAUGACUACAUCCUUAAUCCCAAGCCUAGUGGGCAGUGGCUAUCAGAAUGUAGGUAUAAAUGAACAGUUUCUCUCUGCUGCCGUGCAAAUUGAAAGUUGACUGCUGGAACCUGAAAGCACCAUCACAAGAAUUGAUUGCUUGUGACUUUUUGCUCUAUGUGCAGCUGUAGAUACUCCACUAGAUGCAGACACUUGCGCUGCACUCAGGAGUCUGUUGCGAAAGUGUGCCGACAUUCGCGCUGAAAAAGAUUUAAGCAAAGGGCACAAUUUCUGCAACUUUGAUCAGUACUGGAGUUCAAUCAUACAACCUCAAGAGCUUAAUAGCUUAGCCUUCACUGGAUAUACAUAAGUACCUCAAGAGCUUAAUAGCUUAUCUGUGUAUAUAUAGAUGGAAAGUGUAUUCUAUAUGUAAAUAAGGAAGAAUGCAUAUUGAGCUGUGUGAUUAUUCUUUACAGUACAUAGAAGUACUAGUAGUUGUUGUAUAUAGUAGUAAAAAAUAGGGUAUUAUUCAAGUAUUGUGUAUAGGUAUAAGUAUGUAUGUGAGAUACAGAUUGAGGAAUAAAGUUCCCCCAUAAUGGAACUGGUUUGUUGAUUGAAUAUCUAUGUAUUAUCUAUGUAUUAUGCAUUGAAAUUUUAAUAAAAUAUGGUUU